UGGUAUUUAAGUCUUCCGCUGUGCUAUCUUAUACUUUGUAUUGAAAGGUCGGUUCUUGUUCUGGUCUGCACCUAUACGGUAGAGUCCGCUGCAUGCAUGCAUUUCAGCAUGUUAUGUUACUGAAGGUCUUUGAUGAGUGUGAUUGGAGAUGGCUGUGGAGGUGUUCUGACCAAUAAACCGAAACCGCUGGUAAAUAAUGGCUACAGUGCCGAAAGGGGAGACAGAGAAGAAGUGUACUACGACAUGUGCCGGACUGCGAUUCAAGCCAGGUUCUGAAAAGGCGUCGAGUGAUACGGAGGAAGAAGCGGUUGAUCGACGUCGACUUGGGUGAUGAUCACAGGCAAUGGGUUUUGUGCUCAUCGCCGCAGGCAACAGCUGGUGUCAAGUGGUCGACGAGGAAAGGAAGAAGGUGGUGAUAUUUUACUAGGGUAGGAAAUAGGCAGGCAAUGGAUUGGUGCUCGUCACCGUGGGUGGUGGUCGGGGUUGAGUGGACGAUGAGGAAAGCAUGAAGGGUGGUGGUCGGGGUUGGUGCUCCGAUCACAGAAUUUACAGGUUGAUUGAUAUAUGUCCAUGGGUGUUGAUGGUGCUAUGACUGGGGCUGGAUUACUCUAGGGCAGGUUGGCAGCAGUGAGUGGCGGAGAGAGUGAGCCGAAAUGGUUUUGGAUGGGCAGUUUGCUAGCGGAAGAGGACAAUCACUCAACUUGUGGCGAAAGGUGUGUUUCAUCUCAUCUUGAGUAUCAUCUGCCGCAUGCUCAGUUUUUGACAGCCCAAGAUAGCUGUGCAGAAUGUUGAAUCAAGUUGCGCUCUUGAAUAACGUACGGUCUUCCUAGAGCAUUGCACGCUUUGUGUCUCUAGAGGAUCGAAAGCCGUUGCGAAGAUCGCUGUGCAGAACGUUGAAUCAGGUUGCCCUCUCGAAUAAUGUUCGGUCUUCCUAGCACAUUACAUGCUUUGCGUCUCUCGAGGAUCGAAAACCGUUGCAAAGAUCACUGUGCAGAAUGUUGAGUCAAGUUGCGCUCUGGAAUAAUGUUUGGUCUUCCUAGAGCACUGCAUGCUCCAUGUCUUCUCGAGGAUCGAAAGCCGAUGAGAAAACAUUCGAUGCGUCUGCGGUGUUGCGACCAAAGAAAUUGCGGACGUUCUAAUGUAGGGUAUUGUCACAUCUCUGCUCGAUGAGUUCUAGGAUGAGUAAGCUCUGCUUGGAGAAUACUUUACUCUUCUUGUGUUACUAUAAUAAAGACUCUGUAUCUGUGGCACAACAUAAGAAGUUGCAGCAGGUUAGUGGAGACAAUGACGAAAGGCAUGGCAACAGUCGAUUGGGUAGAGGUGAAGGAGCCAGAUGAGGUGCACAAUGGUACGCAGACGUGUUCUCAGUCAGGUGCAAAACCGCCAAGAAAGCACAGAAGCGAUCAAUGGAUACCGGUCUGGGCCUGGUUGGAAUCCCGACCCUUUGGCCAUGCAAAAUCGCUGACGUCAUCUGACAUAGAGGACUGGCUGCAGAAAAAUCCAGAAAUUGCAAAGGAUCUUCGUAGACAACAUUCGCGGAAGCAUCUCUACCACUAUAUCAGGAAAUGCUUUCACACAGUGCGAAAGCGGAAAGGCGGAAGGCCACAGCAGCAUGUGGACGAGACAAAGGCAGGGGCAACCACCGUUCCAGCGGGAAUAGAAACUAGGCAAGCGAAAGAGGCAAAGCAAGGGAAGCAGAUUGUUGAGCAGGCAAAGCAAGGGAAGCAGGCUGUUGAGCAGGCUAAUCAAGGGAAGCAGAUUGUUGAGCAGGUAACAAAAGGGAAGCAGGCUGUUGAGCAGGCUAAUCAAGGGAAGCAGAUUGUUGAGCAGGCAAAGCAAGGGAAGCAGGCUGUUGAGCAGGCUAAUCAAGGGAAGCAGAGUGUUGAGGAGGAGGCCAAGCAAGGGAAGCAGAUUGUUGAGGAUGCUAAGCAAGGAAAGCAAAUUGUAGUGCUCUCAUCCUCUUCUGACUCGUCAGGCGCACUUGAAAUAGGUGGCGUUGGUGACACCAGCUUGUGGCACGAUGAUGAUGUUCAUGAUGGGCGGUGCGAAGUCUCUGGGGGAUACAAUGGUGGCGACGGAGAUCCAGGUCCGAGCAUGCGCAGGUAUAGACAUGAGGCCGCCGAAGGUGAACAAAAGAAAACAAUUGGUUGCGAGGAGGAAAAAGACUUCCUAGGAGCACUUGUUGUUAGCGCGGAGCCCAAUAGGGAGGAGGAGGAGGAGGAGGAGGAGGAGGAGGAGGAGGAGGUGGCGGCGAGAGAGUGCAGGGAUGAAAGGACACCUGGCAGUACCAAUGACCAAACAGCAGAAGUGACAGCCAUUCGUGCUCCAGACACAAGUAUGGAGAAUGGGUGUCAGUCAGCUGGCGGAGGCUACGCCUUGAGGAAGCAAACUGGACAAGGGGCCAAAGACACGAAACUGCCUUCGCUCGAUGGAAAUGUGGACAAAGCUGUCGAUGAUGUCAACAACCUCACAAUGAGGAGAGUACGCAGUGCACGCUCUGCUGGUGGCCAAGCAUUGAAGGCCAAAAAGAGGACAAAGCGGCUGAAGUCAAAAGUAUUUGAUGAAAGGACAUCAAAGGAGAAGAAAGAAUUGCUUCUUGCAGUGUUAAAGGGAUCGAGGGGAGAAAUGAGUAAACAUGGCCAGAAGCAACAUGCAAAGAAAAAGAGUAAUACCUCUGCACAUUCGCCUGUUGGGCAUGGGAAGGUCAUAAACAAAGAGUGGAUAUAUCUUGCAGUAAAGGACGAUUCCUCCAGCAAUGGCUUCAUAUGGGAGCAGAAAACCAACUGCAGUGAUCCAGCGCCGGACGACCCAGAGUACAGACGGUUCUCGCAAGCCAGAUUGGACAUGGUAGAAGAGCUGGUGUGGCCAUUGGAUGGGUGGAUGGUACGCGUUAGACAGAGACAAGAUACAAAGCAGUACGAUGCAUACAUCGAGCAUAACAAAUUUCAGAUGCGGUCGGCGAAAGAGAUUCGGCGUUACUUAGCGCAGCACCCUGAACGGUCACGAAGCAAUGCGACACAUUCCGGCAGCCAAAGGACUGGUAGGAAGUUGAAAUCCUCAGCAACGGAGGGUGGAACAGCGAAAGAAGGCCGGAGCAAGGACAAGCACACACCAAAUUCUCGCCACAAAUCGGAUGUGGAAGCCGCCCAAGACAAUCAGCUGCCGUGGAGCAAGGUCCAUCCUGAAAUCAAUCGCUACAAUUGUCUAGUUGCCUUGCACAUUCGGUUAAGACAGUACUUGGCAGAGUGUCAGGCCGUGAAUAGAGCAGCAAUUCAAAAGAGCCUUCAGCUGCUGUCUUCAGAGAGUGCGGAUGUCAACCCUCCAGGGCAGGAGCACGAUAUCCAAAGCUCCGGGUCAAUGGCAAUUAGCGGGGAUGAGGGAUGCUCGAGACCUGCAAAAAGACAGAAGGUGGGUCCUUGGCCAUCAGCUGAGGAGUGCAACAUGCGCAAUGCGCAGGUAUCUCCAAUUCCCACUGCACUGCCUGAUGAGGAUGCUGCUGCCUUGCAGUGUGUAGAUGGGAGCGCAAGCCAAGCGGGAGAGAGGGCUGUUGAUGCAAGUGUACCAGAUGACCAGCCAGGUGUGGGAGGUCAAACCAUUUUUAUCAGUCGGAGAUCCACAGAGUGGUUGAAGAUGCGCGUUGGGGGAAGAAGGGUUCCAAAUCUUACCUCACAUGCGAUUCCACCCCCUCCUGCUGCUGGCAGAGCCGACUCCAGCAGGCCAUUGAUAACCGCAUGGGCAAUUUGCAAGGCAUCUGCAGAACAUGAGUUUGGUCAGCAUGGAGCCGCAGCUCUUGAACAAGAUGAGCCCACUCCGCAAUCUGGGUCACGGAGGGAAAGAGAGAUGAAGGGGGGUGCAACGACUGCAAGGGAUGGAAACGAUGCGGCCGUUGGAGCCAAGGGAGCGGGGCGAGGUAGUAGCUCUGGUGCAGACACUCUUCAGAAUUGUAAAGGUCACCGAGGUGAACAUCCAAUAUCCCAAAGAAAAGCCCGUUUUCAUGCCUCGGAUCUUCUCUUUGAACGAGAGAUGAGCGGAAGCCUAACAUGCUGGUCGCAGGAAAUUGGACAAUCGAGGAAACGGUGGGCGUCACUUUGCCAAGGCUGGUACACUCUUGGCAGGUCAUUCGCCGGUCCUGGAGUGUGGGCUAAGCGAGCAUAUCACAAGUUGUUGUUGCCUACAUGGUGUUCGUAUACCUCGUCUAUGACCACUGCCCCCACAGCUUGGGGCUCUGCGAUAGAGCUUCAGCCGGUACAGAAGGUUUUGGACUUGCGGUUUCAUCCCGGUGGUGAGCCUCAGCUUGUCAGCGGUUGCAGUGCGGCACCUAAUGAGCUAUUACUGUAUAAUCUCACGAGUGGAAGAGUCAACGAGCUUGCAGGCCACAACUGCCUUGUCCAGGCCGUGGAGUAUGUUCCAGCAGGGGAUCGCAUUGUUUCCUGUGGCGCCAACAUUGUCAAGGUCUGGGACUCCGCCACAGGGGAGUGCCUGCAUAGCAUGGGACCAGGCACCGAUGGGGAUGAAGGCCCUGCGGGCCAUGUCAAGAAUAUUACUGCAUUAACUGUGAACUCUUUCCAAGGAAACCUAGUUGUCAGUAGCGGCGAAACUGGAGACACGAGGUUGCUGCUGUGGAAUAUAUCUUCUGGCAAGCUCAUUAGUGACCUGAACGCAUCUCUGCGAGAGCGAAAUUCUGUCAUUCCUCAGGUGGAUGCUCUGCAGUUCGCAACACCAACCAUUCUUGUUUGCGGAAGCGAUGCAGGACAAGGGAUGCCAGCACAAGUACAGCUGUGGGACAUUGAAGCACAGUCAGAGCAUGUUACAAUCCAUGCCCAUGACUCGUACAUUAUGUGCCUUGAUGUGACUUCCUCAGGCAAUAUGAUAGUCACAGGGGCCGGAGACGGGACAACGGCUCUCUUUGAUGCAAGGACUUAUGGAGGCAUCGCUCGUAUACCACUUGCACGGGAUUGUGAGGUCACAUCUGUGUCGUUCAGCCCAUGCGGUGUAUAUUUCCAGGCGUCGUGCAGCGCAAACUUCUCUCUUGUAUUCGACAUGCGAAUGAUGCCGUUGGAUCCUGAUCCCCAGUGGAACCGCCUCCGCCAUGCGAUGAUUCCAGCCACCCAUGCACAUCACAGCCUCAGACCCCUGCAUUGCUUAAGCCAUGGCAAGCCCAUGCCCACCGUUCAGAAUGCCGGGCAGAUGCCAGGCUUUGUCGACAUUGGCGAUCAAGGUGUGAACGAUGCACGUUGGUUUCAUCACAGUUCACGUCUCAUUACUGCAAGCGGCAAUGGAAGUGUGGCCAUCUGGGAUGUCUCCUUGGGGGAACCCUGUGUGAAGACCUUGGCAAGCCAUUCUCGAUCUGCAAAUGCGAUAGCAAUCGCUCCAGACGAUCUGAUUUUUGCAAGUGGCGGUGACGACCAGAAAGUGGUAAUGUAUCAGGAUUUUAAGAGCCCGAAGAGAGCACCUUGGCGAUUGUCUCUACCUGUACUCCAACCACAAUCUCGUGGUCUCAUGCUCGAUCCAUAAUUUUUUUAAUUAAUUUGUACAUUUUUUUACUUACCAGGCAACUUCUGGGUGUUUAUCGCCGCCCCCCCCCCACCCACCCACCCACCCACACACACACACACAUCCCUUCGGCUAUUGCAUGCAGAACUGCAGGAAAAUUGAGGAAAUGCAUAUAGUGUGCAGCUCAGUCUGGACCAGGUCCAGAUGUCAGUGUGGACCAGGUCCAGAUGUCAGUGUGGACCAGGACCAGGUCCAGAUGGCACAUACCGCAGAGGAAAUAGAUUUGUGUGUAUGGUGUGAGGGAUAAGCACCUGGGUUCCAUCAUUAGGAAAUAUUGGAAUUCCGAUGGAAAUACGACCAUUCACUUUGUGGGUUUCCCAGUUAUGCCCUAAAGAAACAGAGGAAGAAAUGAGGAUUCAUGUGAUUGCUCGUCAUUUCCUGCUGGAGUUUGCACCCUCCUGCAAUCAAUGUGGAAUGCAAUGCUGCCACGACAAACGCAGUCUCGUCCGACCACUCGCCAAAUGUGAACAUGGCAAGUUGUUAUCCUGUGUCGGCUGCGGACAUGCCUAAUAAUCUGUAGACAAUGAAGAUUAUGAACGGGC